CGCACACGCAGGCUCUUCUCUUGUUCGCAACCAGAGCAUACACCAUGAAGACUGCCGCACUCUCCCUCGUUGCGUUGACUUGCUCUUGUGCGAAUGCCUUCACCGUGUCCCCCGCUGCGCUGAGGACGCAAGCGCGCGGCCGCAGCAACACCGCCACAUCAAGCACAUCUCUGCGCAUGGGGUGGUCCCUCAAGGAGGCGGACUUCAUCCCCUCCGAAGAAUGGCUCGGCGAGUACUUGGGGGAGCAAGGACUGCGCUACAGGAUGGACAAGACGGAGAAGGAAAUCGCGGAGGAGGGUGACUACACACUGCUCGAGAAGAUCUUCGGACAGACCUCAAACAACGCCGAGCGCAUGAAGUUGAAAGCGGAGGUGCUGGCCAAGGCCAACAUCCCCACCAACCCCUCUCUUUACAAGACGUGGACCGAGAAAUACGGCUACGGAAGGUUUUUCCCCGUGUACGUGGACAAGUCGGGUUUGUCGGACGACACCCCCGCGCCGGCCAAGGCCUCCAAGACGGUCGCGCCCAAGAAGGCUCCCGCGAAGAAGGCUGCUACUAAGGAUGCGCUCAGCGCCGCUGCUGCCAAGUUCUCGUUGAGGCCCGCUGCUAAGGCCGCACCGAAGGCGAAGGCCGCACCGAAGGCAAAGGCCGCUCCCAAGAAGGCGGCGCCAAAGGCUGCUCCUAAGAAGGCCGCCCCCAAGGCCGCCCCCAAGGCAGCCCCCAAGCCCCAGGGCAACAUCAACAACCUGCCCAAGGCUCUUUAAGGAAGAUUAUCAUGACGUUUUUCUCGGACGGCAUUGGUGAACGUGCACACGUGAAGACCACCGUAGUGGUUUCGAGUUUUUGCACGUGAAAACUACAGCAAUAUAUGGUGGUUUCGAGAAAACCACAAGUGAUUUAGAGUUUUUGCCGAUGUUGUUGACAGGCUUGUUUUCCCGUGUGCAGGCCUUUCUAUCCAAAGACCGCAAGGUUCGAUAAUUUGUCGUGUGCCCACCGGAAUGUGUUUUCCACAGCAGUUUUGCUCUCGUUAAGGUUGGAACGAUUCAUGCGCGGGGGUUUGCCCCCCUGUCUUUUUGAGGUCAUUUUUUGUUGUUGUUGGUCUGGAGUCCGAGUGGCUUGCCUGUGGCUGUGUAUCUAGACAGGACCUAGGGUCUGCGGGAGCUUAGACCGUGUGCUCGUAUCCCCUUUUCGCGUUGUCCCCCUUCUCCUUGCCGGUGCAAUAGAGCGGGCAUUAGGGAGGAUUUGGGCUUCCGUAAGGGGAGUAGUCGGAUAAUCGGGGGGCAGGGGGUAGUCGGGGCGCUGCUUUUCUCCGUCGCACCUUCAUGCAUAGAUGUGAAUUAACAAACACAGGGAGUGUGCCGCAGCCGUCUGUCGAUGUUGACACAUUGGCAAGAGGCGGUCUACUUUUUCUCACACGAAAUGGCACAGGAAGUUCUUAAAUCGUGUGGGACAGCAGCAAGCAGUCUAGAUCACGUGUGUUGAGAGAGCGGACGCUUUUGGUACUCUCUUUCGCGCUUCCAGCUUCCAGUGUAGAUCACAUCGUAAGCGGGGAUGGGGCGAGGCCUGGGAGAGAGGCGUUCGUAGAAAGUGGAAGCCUGCCUGAAAGCGAGCUCGACGGAAUAUCAAGAAAAAACGCAAGACAGGUUGAGUGCUACUCAUCAUUCAACCAAACACCCGGUGGUCUCUU